UUCAAGAAAAGGUUGAUUUAAAAAUAUGAGUUGCAUUUCCCGGUUGAUCACGUAAAAACCGCCAAAGAAGUGAAAGUAGAAUUCAUUUAUUUGUAAAGUGUACAUAUUUCGAUCAAGUAGCGGUUGUCUUAUAAAUAUGAAUAAAUGUUUGAAGACAUCUUCACUUUGAAAUGAGGAAAAGCGAUGAAAGAAGACACGGCGAUUAUGAUUCUCCUAGAUAUGCAGAUUUUAAAGGCCCUAUCACCAAGCAAGAGGAAAGGCAAAUAUCAGCACCAAACAAGCAAGCUACAACAGAAUCGCAUGAACUAGCAACUGGUCAAAGCAAAGACCAAAGACAACCUUUAACACCAAGACACAAGGAAAAUAAAGAGAUCCCAGUUGAUACUCAUGAAGAUGGUCAAGAAAGCCACAUACGAGUAUACACACCAAGACGUAACAAACACGAGCAAUAUGGUCAUAGACGAUCAUAUAAACCAAGGGAUUAUGCAGAUUCAGAACAUAACCGAUUUUACAACGAAAAUGGAAACUAUUAUCACAGAAGGAUACACAAACACAGACCAAAUAAAUACGAGCAACAUGGACAUAAAAGAUUCUAUACUCCAAGAGAUAAUGAUACAGAGCACCCAUUGUCCAACCACGAGGAUUGGUGUCAUGGCACACCAAGACAACAUAAAGACGACCGAUAUAGGCAUAGACGAUCAUAUACUUCAAGGGAUGAUGAACGUCAAAGCUCUUCCAGUGAGGGUAACCAUUAUGACUACAGAAGAGCUAGAGAUAAAGAGCGAUGUGGUUAUAGACAAUGCUAUGUUCCAAGAGAUACAGAUUUUAAAGAAUCUGAAGAACAAGCAACCACACAUUGUCCCAGAACAACAGAUCUGCCUGAAAGUUACAAUGAGAAACGUACAGAUAGAUGUGGAAAAGAGAAGUCUCCAUCAAAUCCAUUGGGCAAAGUUAAAGCCCAAUACCAAACCCCUGUCAGUCCAAUUUCUAAAGAAAGGUUAAUUGAUCAACAAGACAAAUGCAAGCUUUCCAAGGAAGAAAUAACUCCGGCUGCAAAUGCUAUAAAUAGCUUCACUAACGAAUUCAUAAAAAAAUUGAAAGAAUUAUCUACUGUGAAUUGGAACAGUUUUAAUUCUGGGUCCUAUUAUGACAAAACAAAGAAUUGCCAUCCAGAUGAAUUUGAUAUAAUGAUUUAUCCUAAUCUGUCUGUCGAAGUUAAUUUCGAUGUUAUUAAUAUCCCUGGCUUCUACAAGGUUAAAAUGGUUUCACCAAGAGUGCCGGAAUUAGAACAUGUGUUGGACAAGGAUCGGUAUAUUGUGCCUGGUAAAUUCAAAAAGUAUGUUUUUGGAUUGUUUGAUCGGGUGUUAGGGACAGGUGGGAUUCGACAAGGAAGAAGAACAAAAAGAAAGACAAAACCAGAUGGAUUUAGUCCAGCUUACACAGUUUUUUAUGAUGCAUUUCCAGGAAAAAACCCGAUCGAUAUUGAUCUCGUUCCAUGCUUUAAUAUUGAUGGAUGGCCACCAGAUAAAAUAGCUAAAAAGAUUAAUCCAUCAUGGAUAGCAAUUGAUGAUGUCGUAAACAGAGCGAUGAAGUCGUAUGACGUUGUUUGCAAAACCUGUCCAGAAGAUACAUCGGACAAAAACCUACUUUUUCGUUUAUCUUUUUCGAGGACUGAAAAAAUGCUCGUUAAACAUGCAAACAGCGCAGACAAACUUAAUUUGAAAAAGAAUGUUUUUCGGGUUGUGAAAUUGUGUAUUCAAGAGAUAAAAGAAAAACAUCCUAAAGAAAUUAAAAAGUUUUGUUCCUAUCAUAUCAAGCAAUUCAUGUUUGCUCAGUACGACACAUGGCCAACAAGGGAACGUGAAGGAGUUCGUAUCCAGAGAUGUCUUAUAGGAGAGCUGAUUAAAACGUUAAGUCUAGCUAAACCGACAAUCAUGAACUAUAUCAUACCAAAUGACAAUGUUAUCAGAUAUGUGCCGAGCGAAGAAAUUGCAGUCAUUGUAAAAGGGUUGCAGGACAAACUGAAGUUCAUGCACUGACAUAAUUAGGGUUUGUUUUUUGUAAUGUGAAAGCGCUGUUGAUUUAU